GCAAAUGAUUGCUAGAUGCAGGACUAUAAAUCAAAGCCUGCUCAGUCGCUGCCAGCUUUUCCACUACGGGCGCUGAAGUUACUAAGCAGGUCUGCUCCCUGGAUGUGGUCCAGUAUGGAUGUGCCUGGGGGUUUGUUAUGGUUCCUCGUGUUUCUCAUUUUCACAGGAAGCACUUCAGGAGAACUUGUCACCAGCUGUGAUUCAUGUCACAAUGAAGCCACCUGCAUGAAGCUGCAGGAGAGAGGCGACAGCUUUGCCGACCAGUCCGUCUCAUGUCUCUGCAAAGAUGGCUUUGUGGGCGAUGGUGUCACCUGCUACAGCGUAGAACUCUGCAGUAACUCUUCUUGCUGCCACCAGGGCUAUCACUGGUCUCCAGAUGGCGGCUGUGUGGACACUGACGAGUGCUCGGUCAAAGACCCGCCCUGUGCCCCACCACAGGUUUGCCGAAACAGCGAGGGCUCCUUCACGUGUGUGGACCCUCCUUCCUUUAGCAGUUCUGGCUCACGGCUGCAGUUCCAUUGUGGAAGCACUGUCUGUCCUGCAGGACAGGACUGCAUCACUAAUAAUGGGAGUCCUCGCUGUUUGGACCCCUGCGACUUUUACACUGUACUGGAAGAUAUCUGGCGUUCAAUAGAUAGCACCGCAAACAUCGUACACUGUGAUACACAAGUUAACUGGCAGGGCUGGUACCGCAUGUUUCUGCGGAAUUCCAACGCUGAAAUUCCGGACAGGUGUGUUGAAAAAAACAGGUGUGGAACCCACGCUCCUCUGUGGAUCACAGAACCGCAUCCUGCACAGACCGGUGAAAUUGUGACCCGCACGGUGUGUGGCCACUGGUCAGACAGCUGCUGCUAUUUCAACCCUCAGAACAUCCAUGUCAAGCUCUGUCCAGGGAACUACUAUGUCUACAGGCUGAUGAGCCCAUCUGCGUGCAGCCUGGCAUAUUGUGCAGUUGAAUCAGGAGCCAACACCACUGUUUUUCCAACUACACCUGAGCCAACGUAUUCAACUGUCACCAUGACGCCCACAUCACCAGGGGUCAACGGUACCAACAGUACAUCAGCUGAGGGACAGGUCCGCCUGGCUAAUGGAAGAAACAGCUCCUGCUCUGGCAGAGUGGAGAUCUUCCACAACGGACAGUGGGGGACGGUGUGUGAUGACUCCUGGGACCAGGCUGAUGCUCAGGUAGUGUGCAGACAGCUGGGCUGCGGCAGGGUCCUGUCAGCGCCACAAAGUGCAGCUUUCGGACCCGGCAGUGGACCCAUUUGGUUGGACGAUGUCGCGUGCACAGGCAGGGAAUCAGAGCUGUCUGAGUGCCACCACCCAGGGUUUGGAUCACAUAACUGUGGGCACAGUGAGGACGCUGGUGUGGUCUGUGAAGCUGCUUCCCCAGUCAGGCUGGUGAACGCUGCCAACCGCUGCUCCGGCAGAGUGGAGGUCUACCACGAUGGACAGUGGGGGACGGUGUGCGACGACAUCUGGAACCUGAACAACGCAGAGGUGGUGUGCAGACAGCUGGGCUGUGGCAGAGCUCGCUCAGCACUUUUAAAUGCUGCGUUUGGACCCGGCAGUGGUCCCAUCUGGUUGGACGAGGUCAUCUGUUCAGGAAACGAACCAGGGAUAACACAGUGCAGACAUCCAGGCUUUGGAGUCCACAACUGUGGUCACGGUGAAGAUGCUAGUGUUAUCUGUGACUUUGAAUCAGGAGCCAACACCACUGUUUUUCCAACUACACCUGAGCCAACGUAUUCAACUGUCACCAUGACGCCCACAUCACCAGGGGUCAACGGUACCAACAGUACAUCAGCUGAGGGACAGGUCCGCCUGGCUAAUGGAAGAAACAGCUCCUGCUCUGGCAGAGUGGAGAUCUUCCACAACGGACAGUGGGGGACGGUGUGUGAUGACUCCUGGGACCAGGCUGAUGCUCAGGUGGUGUGCAGACAGCUGGGCUGCAGCAGGGUCCUGUCAGCGCCACAAAGUGCAGCUUUCGGACCCGGCAGUGGACCCAUCUGGUUGGACGAUGUCGCAUGCACAGGCAGGGAAUCAGAGCUGUCUGAGUGCCACCACCCAGGGUUUGGAUCACAUAACUGUGGGCACAGUGAGGACGCUGGUGUGGUCUGUGAAGCUGCUUCCCCAGUCAGGCUGGUGAACGCUGCCAACCGCUGCUCCGGCAGAGUGGAGGUCUACCACGAUGGACAGUGGGGGACGGUGUGCGACGACAUCUGGAACCUGAACAACGCAGAGGUGGUGUGCAGACAGCUGGGCUGUGGCAGAGCUCGCUCAGCACUUUCAAAUGCUGCGUUUGGACCCGGCAGUGGUCCCAUCUGGUUGGACGAGGUCAUCUGUUCAGGAAACGAACCAGGGAUAACACAGUGCAGACAUCCAGGCUUUGGAGUCCACAACUGUGGUCACGGUGAAGAUGCUAGUGUUAUCUGUGACUUUGAAUCAGGAGCCAACACCACUGUUUUUCCAACUACACCUGAGCCAACGUAUUCAACUGUCACCAUGACGCCCACAUCACCAGGGGUCAACGGUACCAACAGUACAUCAGCUGAGGGACAGGUCCGCCUGGCUAAUGGAAGAAACAGCUCCUGCUCUGGCAGAGUGGAGAUCUUCCACAACGGACAGUGGGGGACGGUGUGUGAUGACUCCUGGGACCAGGCUGAUGCUCAGGUGGUGUGCAGACAGCUGGGCUGCAGCAGGGUCCUGUCAGCGCCACAAAGUGCAGCUUUCGGACCCGGCAGUGGACCCAUCUGGUUGGACGAUGUCGCAUGCACAGGCAGGGAAUCAGAGCUGUCUGAGUGCCACCACCCAGGGUUUGGAUCACAUAACUGUGGGCACAGUGAGGACGCUGGUGUGGUCUGUGAAGCUGCUUCCCCAGUCAGGCUGGUGAACGCUGCCAACCGCUGCUCCGGCAGAGUGGAGGUCUACCACGAUGGACAGUGGGGGACGGUGUGCGACGACAUCUGGAACCUGAACAACGCAGAGGUGGUGUGCAGACAGCUGGGCUGUGGCAGAGCUCGCUCAGCACUUUCAAAUGCUGCGUUUGGACCCGGCAGUGGUCCCAUCUGGUUGGACGAGGUCAUCUGUUCAGGAAACGAACCAGGGAUAACACAGUGCAGACAUCCAGGCUUUGGAGUCCACAACUGUGGUCACGGUGAAGAUGCUAGUGUUAUCUGUGACUUUGAAUCAGGAGCCAACACCACAGUUUCACCAACGUCUCCCGAGCCAACGUAUCCUGUCACCAUGACGGCUACAUCACCAGGGGUCAACGGUACCAACAGUACAUCAGCUGAGGGACAGGUCCGCCUGGCUAAUGGAAGAAACAGCUCCUGCUCUGGCAGAGUGGAGAUCUUCCACAACGGACAGUGGGGGACGGUGUGUGAUGACUUCUGGGACCAGGCUGAUGCUCAGGUGGUGUGCAGACAGCUGGGCUGCGGCAGGGUCCUGUCAGCGGCACAAAGUGCAGCUUUCGGACCCGGCAGUGGACCCAUUUGGUUGGACGAUGUCGCGUGCACAGGCAGGGAAUCAGAGCUGUCUGAGUGCCGCCACCCAGGGUUUGGAUCACAUAACUGUGGGCACAGUGAGGACGCUGGUGUGGUCUGUGAAGCUGCUUCCCCAGUCAGGCUGGUGAACGCUGCCAACCGCUGCUCUGGCAGAGUGGAGGUCUACCACGAUGGACAGUGGGGGACGGUGUGCGAUGACAUCUGGAACCUGAACAACGCAGAGGUGGUGUGCAGACAGCUGGGCUGUGGCAGAGCUCACUCAGCACUUUCAAAUGCUGCGUUUGGACCCGGCAGUGGUCCCAUCUGGUUGGACAACGUUGCAUGUUCAGGGAAUGAACCGGGGAUAACACAGUGCAGACAUCUGGGCUUUGGAGUCCAUAACUGUGGUCACCAUGAAGAUGCCAGUGUUCUCUGUGAAUUACCGGACUCUCUGCUACACGCGUCUCAGCUUAUUUGUGGCACCAGUAAACUCCAAGUAGGGGUGGACAUGGCAGCUAUUUAUUUGGACCCAUAUUCUGGAAACUUGUUAGAUCGCAACUGCUCCUGGGUCAGCGUGCAUAACAAUGCAGUUUGGUAUGAAGUGGAAGCUGUGGAAGGUGCCUGUGGAAACGUCUUGAGGACUAAUCAAACACACGCCAUCUACUCCAACACCUUAUUUAUGUACCCGAUAAACAACGGCACCUUUGCUGUUCCCGAUAGUCUUUCCUUCUCCUGCGCGUAUCCUCUCAAGACAGACACCAGCCUGAAUGUGGCUAUCAGACCAGCAGUCACGGUGGGAGGUGGUCUUUCAGGCUCGGGUAGUAAACCCAGAGCCUCCAUGUCUUUGUUCCGGACCUCCAACUUCUCCGAGCCAUACCCAGCAGGAAGGGUCACCCUCCCAGUGGGGGCUCCUCUGUACGUGGGCGUCUCACUGGAGAAGAGAGAUUCUCGCUUCGCAGUCGUCCUUGAGGACUGCUACUCCACCUUUUCAUCAUAUCCUUAUGAUCCUGUUAAAUACUUUCUCAUUCAGAAUAAGUGUCCCACUGACCGCCAACAGGUGUCGGUAGUUGAAAAUGGCUCAUCCCUCCGGGCUCGCUUCUCCACCCUGUUGUUCCUGAUGCAGGGUGAAUACCGAGAUGUUUAUCUUCACUGCAGCCUGAGCCUGUGUGACCAGAGAAGUUACUACUGCAUUCCAUCCUGCAGGAGUAGAAAUCGUCGCUCAUUUGCCGGCUCUGCUCCUAUGAAGCCUGUCACAAUUGGACCAAUUGCUUGGGACAAAGGACAGGAGUGAAGUCUGGGUGUACAUACGUGAUACAAACACAUUUUAUACUGUGAUAUUUUGUUUAAAUCACAAUAGUACAGUGGUAUUGCAUUGUUUAAUGAAAUGCUACCAUCAUUUCUAUUACCUUGAAUAUUGCUAAUAUAAAGCAAUUUCAAAGAAUCAAAGAAAACUAUAAUAUUCUUGUAGUUAAAAUAAAAGACGAAGGUAUUGUCUUUUCUGUGUUUAUUUUUGGUAUUGUCUUCUCUGUGUUUAUCUUUGGUUUGAUAAAGCCAUGUGUUUUACACUGUAUUUCAUUUCAAUCAAACACUAACACCACCUUUAUAUAUAUAUAUAUAUAUAUAUAUAUAUAUAUAUAUAUAUAUAUAUA